AUGGAAUAUGACUUAUGGCCACAAAAAAAGACAGAAGGACUGAAUUUGUUGUUGGGAUUGUCUAGUAGGCCAGAGAUGCAGCCAAUUAUUUUUGGAGUUGUCCUUAUCAUGUACCUGAUGACAGUUUUGGGCAAUAUCCUACUAGUAGUAGUUGCUUGCUCAGACCCCGUGCUUCAGACCCCCAUGUACUUCCUUCUCAGCCAACUUUCCAUUAUUGACAUAUCUCUAACAACUAUCACUGUUCCUCAGAUGCUGGUUCACACACUCUCUGUGGAUCGAAGCAUUUCCUAUAACUGUUGCAUGACGCAAUUAUUUUUCUUUAUGGCAGUGGGCAGCAUGGAAGUCUACUUGCUGGGUACAAUGGCAUAUGACCGCUAUGUUGCCAUCUGUGACCCUUUAAGAUACUCUGCGAUUGUCAGCCAUAGCCUCUGUCUGAGAAUAACAUUAACCUCUUGGGUAAUAGUCAACCUUCACAGUCUCCUAUACAGUGUGCUUAUCACUCGUUUAACUUUCUGUGGAAACCAGGUUACCCACUUCUUCUGUGACAUCACCCCUCUGCUAAAGCUCUCCUGUACUCGACCAGUGGUCAAUGAAAUGUUAAUCUUCACAGAAGGUGUAGUUGUGGUGGGCAGUCCCUUCUUCUUUAUUUGGGGUUCUUAUGUUCGAAUAGGUAUUGCCAUAGCCCACAUGCACUCCUUUGCUGCCCUGAGGAAAGCUCUGUCCACAUGUGGCUCCCACAUUCUGGUUGUGCUGCUUCUUUUUGGCUCUUUGGCUAGAAUGUACCUUAAGCCAUCAUCCAGCUAUGAUUUAGACCAAGAUCGCCAGGUUGCCAUCUUCUACACCCUCAUCUCCCCUAUGUUAAAUCCACUAAUCUACAGCCUUAGGAACCAAGAUGUUAAAGGAGCACUAUGGAGGCUUUUUAGGAAACUCCAUAUUUCAGACUGGCUCUCAGACAAACAAAGAAUGAGAAACAAAUUAAUGAGAACCAAGGGUUAA